AUGGAGGAGGAGAGCCUGUGCUGCACCGUGUGCCAGGAGCGCUUCUCAGACACGCGCACGCCACGCCAGCUCACCUGCGGCCACUCCAUCUGCUCGCCGUGCGUCCGCGGCGUCAUCGACAACGACCGCCGCUGCCCCGAGUGCCGCCGCACCUUCGACGCCACCAACCCCGACGACCUCGCAGUCAACUACCAGCUGCUGCGGCUCGUGCGGUGCCUGGCGAGCGGCGGGCCCCCGCAGUUACUGCUGGACGCAGGCGGCGUGCGCGAGCCAGACGCGGGCCGCUGCGAGGCGCACGGCUCGCUGCGCUUCUUCCGGUGCAUGAGCUGCGGCGCGUGGGUCUUGCCGCGACUGCCUCGUGUUGGAGCACGUGGGGGCCGCCGCGCGGCACGUGUAGGGUCGUGUCCUCGUCCAAGGCCAUCGCGGAGAUGA